AUGGAGCGAGUUGGGGUCAUCCUCGGCUUCACACUGUUUGGCACGGUAUGCCUGCUGACCUACUUCUCCAGCUCCAUCAUCAUCAGGUAUGCAUCCCGCCGUGGGAAGCGCACCUACUCGGAGCUCAUAGAGGGCGAGUUCGGCCUUACUGGCGCACGGGUUCUGCAGACCUCCAUCAUAAUUCACGUUUCUGGUGUCAUGAUUGUGUACCUCAUCAUCAUCGCCGACAUGCUGAUCGGUGCAGCGCCUGAGUGGCAUGGCGUCCUGCCCACCCUUCUGGAUCGUCAUGAUGGCGUCUGGUUUCUGUCUCGCCCUUUUGUGUGUGCGGUCCUGCUCGUGGUUGCCAUUGCGCCCAUGCUGAUCAGCCGCGAGCUCACCGUGGUGGCACGCUACUCGCGCAACAGCAUCAUCAUGAUGCUCUUCCUGUCCUCUACCAUGAUCACCCUCGCGGGGGUGGCGCUCUGGCAGGGCAAGGCGGCAGCCAUCCACAUCCUGCCCACGCCACUCGACCCCAAGUGUGCCUCCGGGUGCGGCACGCUGGUCAGCAUGUGCGUGGCCAUCCUGUCAGUCCUCUCCGUUUCUUGCCUGGCCUUCACCUGCCAGCACCUCUCCCUCAAGGAUGGGCGCUGCAGUAACAUGCUGAGCAUCACCAGGAAGGCCAUCGCCCUGUGCGCUGCCCUCUAUGGCACCGUGGCCAUUAGCGGAUACAUUAUGUUUGGCAAGAACACGCAGGGGGAUGUGUUGCGCAACCUGACCAUCAGAUACGUCUCCACCCUGGUGCACCCUGUGCUCGCCAGCGUCCUGAUCGACUUCAUCGUGCUAGCCACCACCUUCAACCUGUUGGUGAACUUCGUGCUGAAGGUCUGGGCUGUGCGCGAGAGCGUGUCUGAGAUGUUCUACGGUCUCCCAGCCCUAGAACUGAGCCUACCUCGAUUCUACCUCCUGACCUACGGCCUGUCGCUGGCCGCAUACCUCACCUCCGUCUUCAUCCCGUCGGUGUGGGUGAUGCUGUCCCUGGUGGGCUCCACCGCCUGUGUCACCUUCUCCUACAUCUUCCCGGGCCUCAUCAUGGCCCGCAACGGCAAGACCCGGCUGGGGCGUGUGGGAGGGGGCAGCACUGUCAUCAUGGCCGUGGUCAUGGCCACUGUUGCCAUCACAAACACGCUGUCCGGGCAUGCAGAUCUGUGA